AUGGACGACCACAGUCUGGACGAGUUCCGCCGGUGCUGGCAGGAGGAGCUGGCUCAGGCACAGGCGCUGAGGAAGCGGCGGCGGCCUGAGGCUGCCGAGCGGCGGCCACGGCGGCCCGAGGUGGUGUCCGGGCGCGGCGAGCAGCAGGCCUCGGGGUACCUGGCUCUGGCCCAGGGUCUUUUAGAGGGCGCGGGGCGGCCUCCGGCGGCGCGGGCGACCCGGGCCGAGAGGCAGGAGGCGGCGAGCCGUUCCCGCUCCCCUCCGGCCCGCGACGCUGCCGGGGGCGGAGAGCAGCUGGUGGACCAGCUCAUCCGGGACCUGAAUGAAAUGGAUGAUGUUCCCUUCUUUGAUAUCCAACUGCCUUAUGAGUUGGCAAUCAAUAUAUUUCAGUAUCUGAACAGGAGAGAACUAGGACGGUGUGCACAGGUGAGCAAGACGUGGAGGGUGAUUGCGGAGGACGAGGUGCUGUGGUACAGGCUGUGCCAGCAGGAAGGCCACCUCCCCGAGAGCAGCAUCUCCGACUAUUCCUGCUGGAAGCUCGUCUUCCAGGAGUGCCGAGCCAAGGAGCACGUGCUGAGAACCAACUGGAAGAAUCGCAAAGGCGCGGUGAGUGAGCUGGAACACAUUCCCGACGCAGUUUUAUGUGAUGUGCACUCUCACGAUGGCGUUGUCAUUGCUGGAUACACGUCAGGGGACGUGAGGGUGUGGGACACCCGCACCUGGGACUACACAGCCCCCUUCCUGGAAUCAGAGUUUGAGGAGGAUGAGCCUGGAAUGCAGCCAUAUGUCUCCUUUGUGAGGAUAAACAGCUCGCUGGCGGUGGCGGCUUACGAGGAUGGAUUUCUUAAUAUUUGGAAUCUAAGGACUGGAAAGUAUCCUAUUCAUCGUUUUGAGCAUGAUGCAAGAAUACAAGCACUAGCCCUCAGCCAGGAAGAUGCAACAAUUGCCACAGCUUCUGCUUUUGAUGUCGUAAUGUUAUGCCCCAAUGAGGAGGGAAAUCUGCAAAUAGCUGCAGAAUUUGAAGUUCAGAAACUGGUUGACUACCUUGAAAUAGUUCCAGACACUGAAAGGUACCCUGUGGCAGUGGCCACCGCUGGAGAUCUGGUAUACCUGCUAAAAGCUGAAGACUCUGCCAGAACCCUCCAUUACGUCUACGGGCAGCCGGUCACAUGUCUGGAUGUCUCCGCCAACCAGGCUGCUUUUGGUGUGAAGAGUCUGGGAUGGGUGUACGAAGGAAACAAGAUCCUGGUGUACAGCCUGGAAGCAGAACGCUGUGUCUCGAAGCUGGGCAACGCGCUGGGUGACUUCACCUGUGUCAACCUCCGGGACAGCCCUCCCAACCUCAUGGUCAGCGGCAACAUGGACCGGAGGGUGAGGAUCCACGACCUCCGCACCGACAGCAUCGCCCUGUCCAUCUCCGCCCACCAGCUUGGAGUUUCCGCGGUCCAGAUGGAUGACUGGAAGAUUGUCAGUGGAGGCGAGGAGGGCCUGGUCUCCGUGUGGGACUACCGGAUGAGCCAGAAGCUGUGGGAGGUCCACUCCAGACACCCUGUGCGGCACAUCUCCUUCAACAGCCACAGCCUCAUCACGGCCCACGUGCCCUACGAGCGGGUGGUGCGCAGCGCCGACCUGGACAACUUCGCCACCCACCGCAGACACCGGGGGCUGAUCCAGGCCUACGCGUUUGCAGUGGACCAGCUGGCCUUUCAGAGCACGGUACCCAUCUGCCGCUCAUCCUGUGAUGCCAUGCCGGGUUACAACUACGACCUCGCACUUGCCUUCCCCCCUGACAGUAUUUAG